GAGCCGUCCGGAGCUGAGGAGGGGCAGGGAGAUGAGCUCAGCGCCCGCCGGGGGGCAGGUAAGAGAGGGAGGGAGAGCAGGAGGAGCAGAUCGGAGAUCCACAUCUAAGGAGGUUUUUUAUCGAGACUCUGCGAUGAAAUAAGAAGGAGCAGCUAAUCUGCUCCGUGCAUGAGAAGAAGCAGCCUCCUCCUCCUCCCAAAAUCUUGCCUGGAUUGAGAUGGGAUGAAAUGGGAUUAUUACUCAUGUCGAUGAAGAUCGGAUGGAUGUUUGCGAUCGCCUUUGUUUUCCUGUUCCAAUCCGUGCCUGUAGACGGUGUCGAUGUGAGGUGUGAGAACGUUUAUAGGGACUUUUCUGAAUGCGUCCUGGAGCUGGGGGAGAGCAUGGACAACUACCAGGAGAACGUGACCAGUGAGCGGGGGGUGGAGGCCGUGUGCAGCCACUGGGAGGCUUUCCACACGUGUGCUCUCACUGCGCUGUCAGACUGUCAGGAGGAAGUCAGCUCCAUCUGGGAGACCCUGCGGCAGGACUCCAGGAAGAUCCGCUUCCAGGGAAGUCUGUUUGACCUGUGCACCCCCAGCUGCUCACCCAGCGUACGUUUGCCGCUGGCCGCUCUCAUCCUGCCCCUAAUGCUGGUCCUGACUGGGCCUAAUGGGGCCCCUUUAUAGAUGCUAUUCUGCUGGAUGAUAAGACGGGUGAUAGGAUGUAGGGCUCUUCUGUUUUAAUGAGUUCCUCUACUUUUAAAGCCAAGGAUUUAAAAGGGAGAAAUGUUUUUUUUUUUUUUUUUUUUUUUUACACUGAGCUGUUUUUGUCGUUGGUAGGACAAUCAAUUCUGGUCAAUAACGUUUCAUGACUUUUAAAAAUACCAAAACACUUUUUCUCCAUGAUAUGAUUCAUAAACUACACCUUUUAUGAUUUCCUAUGGAUCCCAUAUGAAUCCCAUUGGUCAGGCUUUUACUUGGCUUUUUUCAGGGAUCAAUUGGACUCAAUAAAUAAACCUCAUAUCCAAAAUGUGUGUUUAAGCAAAUCAAGUGUAACACAUGUGAAUCGUGGUUGUGCAAUGAAAACGAAAUAUAGUUAAAACAUUAAAAGUUUAAAUUCCUUUAAAUUAAUCAAAUGUUAAUUACUGAUUUUUAUAAUCUGGGUCUUAUUAUUCCUAUAAUUAUUUAUUCUCCCAUUGCUAGCAUAUUUUAGAUAAACUACAUACAGAGGCUUGAAUAAAUAUUCAUAACUCUUAAACUUUAUUAUUGACUUGAUUUGUUCAGUGAAGUUCUCUUGACCAGGGGUUCCCAAACAUUUCAGCCUGUCACCCUCCCCCAUGCAGGGGACAAAACAUCUCACCUGGGCAGCCAGACCACAGUUGCUACUAAUGACCCCCCCCUUUUAGAGGGAGGGACCAGUAUCGGGUAUUGGAGGUAAACUUAGAACCCAAACGACUCCACAUUCCUAAGGGGCAGACCCGUUUUUCUGGUUCAAUUUGUGUGUUUUCUAAGCCACAACAACUUAUUGGGCUACUAUAUAAAGCUUCGAACUUGGCGCUAAUUCUUACAUUUAAUUUAAAAAAGCUUCCUGGAUGGGAAGCAAAACGUCUUAAA